CCUGUGGCAGGUCAGGUAGAAGACAGUGAAGUGAUUCCCCUGUGCUGUUGUAAGAUAAAUGGUGCUUCUUUCAACAAGUUGUUCGCAGAUGUCACCUACUGCCAGGCGCUAGACACGGUUGACAACAAGGUAUUAGGGUGUUACAACAAAGUCACCAACCCACAGCUGGUAAGGCCGGGCAUCAAGAUCCCCUUUAUGGCAGUCUGUGAGGUCCAUCGCAAGCGAUUGAAGCUGCAUCAGUGCUGCCCAGGCUGUGGUCAUUUUUGUUCACAGGGUAAGUUCCAGCAGUGCCGAAAGGAGGGCCAGUCUUCAGUGCACAACUUCCACAAGCAGUGUGUCUUCUAUCGGGGAGGGAAGUACUAUUGCCCUCACUGUGGCGAGGAGACCAAUCAGUGUGAGGUGGAGUUGCAGUUCAAUGGGGACAGGCCAGAGCAGACAAAGAUGAUCACCUCACGUGCUGUCAAGAAAGAGCCUGAGAAAAGAACGGCCCGUAUAUGCUCUAAAAACUUUAAGAAAAGUAAAUCGGCAAGUGCUGUCAAGGUCAACGCCAUUAUGCUUCCAAACAACAAAUCCAUAAAUAUCGAUGCCUUACCGUUAGGACCAGAGCAGCAAGCACUUAGCAGACUGAUGCGGUGUGUCAAUGACGAAAGACCAAAGAAGUAUAGAACAUUGCCAAAAGAUCUGUAUACACCUGCUUACGAGGGAGAUCUGGAGAAGGUGUUUUUCUUACUAGUUGACGGCAUGGAUGCCAAUAUCAGAUACGAGGGUCAUGAUGAUCAGACAGCUCUACAUGCGGCUGCCAUGUCGGGGAGUGUGGGCAUUGUCUUUGUGCUUGUGCAGUUUGGGGCUGAGAUCCAUGCCCAGGACAAGAGUUUGAGGACGCCAGUGAUGUGUGCUGCAGAAAACGGCAACCUGAAGGCUGUACAGUUCUUGAUUAAAUCUGGGGCCAAAGUGGAGGAUAAGGGAGAAGAUGGCAUGACAAGCCUUCAUUUUGCUGCAAAGGCAGGGUACCUGGAUGUUGUUCAGCACAUUCUGGAAACUGGGAAAGUGGACGUCAAUAUUCAGGAUGAUGGUGGCUGGACACCCAUUAUGUGGGCAACAGAGCUACAGAUGGCAGAAGUAGUCAAGUAUCUUUUGACACAAGGGGGAGAUCCUAACAAGAAAGAUAACGAAGAGAACACCAGCCUUCACUGGGCAGCUUUCUCUGGCAGCUUAACCAUUGCAGAGAUGUUCUUAGACUCUGGGUGUGAGAUUGAUGCUGUCAAUGAGCACGGAGACAGACCUCUGCAUAUAGCAGCAAGACAAGAUCAUUAUGAUAUGGUUGUACUGUUGCUGGCCAGAGGUGCUGAUGUUGAUACUAAAAACAACAAGAGUGAGAGUCCAGUAGAGUCGUGCACCAACAAGACAGGUCAGGUGUGGAUGGCCCUGAAAGUCAAUCAGCAGUUGAGGAGUUUUGCCGCCUGGAAAACUAUACGUCCAGAGAGACUUAUAGAAAGGGAUAUAACCAUGGGUAGGGAGAAGAACCCUGUGGCCUGUGUCAACUCUGAAGACGGUGAGCCGUGCCCUGUGGACUAUCUGUACGUGACGGAGAACGUGGAAACGAGUCCGCUGAAUAUCAACUACGUCAUCACUAGCUUGCAGAGUUGUCGAUGUAAAGAUGACUGUUCAUCCAUGUACUGUGUGUGUGGACGCAGCAGCAUCAAGUGCUGGUAUGAUAAGAUGGGGCGUUUAUUGGAUGAAGUCAACUUGCUGGAACCGCCGCUGGUGUUUGAGUGUAACAGAGCUUGUCGAUGCUGGGUGAACUGUAACAACAGGGUGGUGCAGAAUGGUAUCACCUGUCGCCUCCAAAUGUUCAAAACCAAUGGCAGAGGAUGGGGUGUUCGGGCUCUAAUGGAUAUACCAAAGGGUACCUUUGUCUGCGAGUAUAUCGGAGAACUCAUAUCUGAUUCAGAAGCUGACAGAAGGGAGGAUGACUCUUACUUAUUUGAUCUAGAUAAUAAGGAUGGGGACACCUAUUGUAUCGAUGCCAGGAGGUACGGCAACAUUAGCCGCUUCAUCAACCACCUGUGUGAGCCGAACCUGGUCCCAGUCAAAGUCUUUGUAGAGCAUCAAGACCUCCGGUUCCCCAGGAUAUGCCUGUUCGCAUCUAGAGAGAUUAGGGCCUAUGAGGAGCUAGGGUUUGAUUAUGGUGAGAAGUUCUGGAUGAUCAAAUGGAAACAUUUCACUUGUGCUUGCAACUCCGCCAAAUGCAAAUACUCCACGGAAACGAUAAAAAAGACGCUGGCCGACUACAAGCUCCGCUACCCUGAUGAAAAUGUAGACGUUUAA